UUUCCAGAGAUUAAUCCAUUUACAAUGCUUUUUGUCAGUUCUGGUACUCUCUCCUAUUAUUCCCAACUUCUCCAUUAUGAUAACUAUCCCGAUUUGGUUUAUCCAAUUGAAAUGGUAAAUAUUGCCAAAUGGAUAUAUAUUCCCUAUCGUUUAAUUAAAUCUAUGAUGCCUGUUGGGUUUGUUGAUCGUUUUAGAUUACACGAUGCUAAUUUUUUGGAAAAUCUUUGUAUGGAAAUUAAUUUGGAUUAUAUUCCACAUUCACUUGGAGGGCAAAAUCAGGCGAGAAAAUUAUUAUUUGAUUCAAUAUAUUGUGUACCAAUGCAACACUCUACUCAAAGUUGGCAACCUAUAGAACCAAGAGUGCUCAAUCAUUUGGAACAUUUAUCUAUUGGACCGAGGAAAUAUAAAUUUUUAAAAAUCCAAAUAGACCCAAACGCUGCGAAAAAACAUUUUUUAAGUUGGUAUUUCCGAACAGAUGGAAUAAUUCAAUUUGGGGUGUUUUUCGAGCCAUUGAGGAAUGAAAGGAAGGAAAAUAAGCAGAAUGGAAAGUAUCUAAAUGGUCAUCACAAUGGAAUAACUAUACCUACAGCGGGUACCCGUCCUUCUAUCGAAUAUUUUGAAAAUAAUAUGGAAUGGGUCUAUAUGUGGUUUAAAUUAACUGCUAAAAUACACCAUGAGUGGGAUAGUGUAGAAUGUACUCAACCAGGAAUUUACUGGAUUAUGUUUUCAAAUUGUCAUAGCUGGAUACAUAAACGUUAUGUUGAGUUUAUAAUACAAUUAGCUGGUGAAGAAAAUGAACAAACAAAUAUUAAAAGAAUUUGGCAUGACAAAAGGGAAGAGGAAAAUAAUAACUUAAAAGAUUAUGAAGAUUUGAGGAAAAUUUUUCAGAUGAAAAUUAAAACUUGA